CAAAUAACUAACAGCCCAUUUCAUACCCAUCUCCAUCCUCAUCCUCCUCCUCGUUCUCACCUUCGGCUUCACCCCCACCGCGCCGAUCCCCAAGAGAAAGGCCCCCGGAAAUCCCGCACCAAUAAUUGCCUCCGACACCUCGGGGGCAGGAGGGUUUGUUAUCCUGUCCUCGCUCGGGUCACGAGAAACCCCACGGUCGAACACGUAGAGCCUCAACCACUAUUCUUGCAGCUAUUGCUGUCGACCACUCCAACCUCCCCCAUGUCUUCGAGCCCCCAACAUCAAGACUCACCUAAAGACUCCACCACCUCACCUGGUGGUCCUUCUCGCAGUAGACCGUCCCAUCUCUUCGCUCACCCGAACCUCAGUAACACCUCGAUCGAGAGUUCAGCCUUACUGGACCAUCGAGAACAGCAGUCCAUGAGACCGCGACGAUCGAGCACGCAAUACUCAUCGAUUCCAGUCUUCUCAGGAAGCAGAUUGCGUAUGCCAGCCGGCCCUUCGAACAUGUCCGCUACACCAGGGCCAUCGGGUUCCUCUUGUCGGUUCAAUUCCCGCGGGUUCCCGUGGGAGAUGGAGAGCGAGGACGACGGGGACAAGGAGGAUGCUCCUCUACUGGGAUCCUCCAUGAGGUCGGCACAAGGGGCAGAUAUCGACCCGCCGGUGUCCCCGGGGAAGAGUAAACGAUCUAGACCAUCCACUGCGGGGUCCAUGGCCCCACCGCCUGGCCGGCGUUCUGCAAAUUUACAACCGCCGUUGGCCGGGGCUUCCAGAGACUAUGGAGGUGUAAAUUUCCCACCUUCCGUGCCGGGGAGCCCUAGCUUGGGACCUAUGCCUGUGCUGGGAAUGAUGGGCGCUGGGGAUUAUACUAAUGGGUUGGGAGUGCCGAGUAGGUCUUUGCGGGAGGGUGAUGCGAUAAUUAAUAUUACAGGGGACGCGACUAAUGAUCAUGGGUACCCAGAUUCUACAUGCCCUACGCCCCUGCAGGAGUUUGGCCCGGGGCAUAGACAGGCUACGGCAGAAGCCGAUGUGUGCUUUCCUGUAGAUGAUGGGCUUACGGACGAUGAGGUUGCGACUUUGCAUGGUGGGAGCGUGCAUGCGGCUAGACGGCGGGUGCGCGAGUGGCCGGAUCUGCCGGUAUUGGAGGAGUGGAGCCGGGAGGAGAAGGAGGAGAGGAGUGAAGGGAUCAGAGCGAAGAAAACUGCUGAGCCUGUAUAUGUUGGUGGGAGACUACGUGCGCCUAGGAAGUCUGGGUGGCAUAGGGAGGUGGAGGACGAGCCGUAUAGAUUCACUUAUUUCAAUGAUGAAUUGCCGGCCACUAUCCACUCGCAUACAAUUUCAGAGCUGCUACAGCCUGGUCAAACAUUUAAAGAUUUAUUCCUACGCAUCGGACCCCGGCCAACCUUCUGGCUAGACGUCAUGAACCCCACCGACGCCGAGAUGAAGGUGUUCAUUCGAGCCUUUGGGAUCCACCCGCUGACCUCGGAAGAUAUACUGAUGCAAGAGACCCGCGAAAAGGUAGAGCUAUUCCGCAGCUAUUAUCUAGUCUCCUAUCGCACCUUCGAGCAAGACACUAAUAGCGAGGAAUAUCUCGAGCCCGUAAACAUCUACUUUGUCGUCUUCCGGGAAGGGGUAAUAAGUUUCCACUUCUCACUCACCCCUCAUCCAGCAAACGUCCGGAGACGCAUUCGGCAAUUGAAGGAUUAUAUCACCGUGUCAGCGGACUGGAUCUCGUAUGCGCUUAUCGACGAUAUCACCGACGCCUUCGCUCCAUUAAUUCAAUCUUUGGAAGAAGAAGUUGACGAGAUUGAUGAUGCUAUCCUGCAAAUGCACCUCAGAUCUGAUAUGUUGAAGCGGGUCGGCGAUACACGCAAGAAGGUUAUGGGACUGUAUAGACUUUUAGGAAACAAAGCGGAUGUGAUUAAGGGUUUUGCGAAGAGGUGUAAUGAGCAGUGGGAAGUAGCGCCUAGGAGUGAGAUUGGGCUGUAUUUGGGCGAUAUUCAAGAUCACAUUGUAACGAUGGUUGGUAACUUGAACCACAUGGAGAAAAUCCUAUCAAGGUCACAUUCGAACUACCUUGCACAGAUUAACAUCAAGAUGAACGAACGCCAGGAACAAACGGCGGACGUCCUCGGCCGCCUUACAGUCCUGGGAACCAUCGUCCUGCCAAUGAACAUCAUAACCGGCCUCUGGGGCAUGAACGUGCUGGUCCCUGGCCAGGAGAUCGACAACCUGAAUUGGUUCUGGUGCAUCACGGCCGGCCUACUCGUGUUUGGAUUUUUGUGCUAUUUUAUCGCUAAGAGGGUUUAUAAAAUUAUGUAGUGCCUUCAGGCACCAGCUGGAGGUGAUGGGAGUAGAGGAUACAAUGACCUGUCUAGUCCAUAUAUUAUUUCUUUCGGACUAGAUGUCCCUUUUUGGCUAAUUGUUUUUUUUUUUCCCUAUUUAUCGACUGAAGUUUUCCAUCUUAUUUCAUCUCUUUGUCUCUUCGUUAUUCAUUGAGUAAAGGGUGUUUUGGAUAGAGGACGUGUGGGAUUUCAACUUUGUCUAUUCUCCUUUAUUCAUUUCCCUGAGUUAUAUUUUGUUUUGGCAUGGUGUACGUAUAGAUAGCAUGGGUCUAGGGUAUCAGGAGUCACCGGCGUAGUAAGCUAGGCGUGAGGCAAAGGUGGGGUGUGUAGCAAAUUAUGGUAUUUGCAGUUAAGUGUGGACUGUCUUUGAAAGUCUCUUUUGUUAAAUUAAUAGAUGCGAGUGCGAGGGCAGGAGGCAGGGGGAUGGGAGGUGUACGGAGUCACAGAAAUCAAACUCAUGUGAGAAAUAUGUAUA